AUGGGUUUCAGCUGGCGAGGCAGGUCCGAGGCCCGCCCCAUCGAGCCCGUGGACUCGGCCGAGGCCACGGGCUACGAGGUGGGCGGCGCCGAUGCCGACCUCCACAUGAAGAGGCUCAAGGACCAGCACAGGUUCGACCCCUUCAUGGACAUUUCCAAACUGGACGCUAUCGAUAAUGUGAUCGAGUCCGGAGAUGUCGAGAAGGAGGCUGUCGUCGAGGAGCAGCUCAUCGGAGAGGACUCGCCGUACGCUGAAGUCCGAGCUUCAGUCUCCCCAGGAGAUAACCCUGACCUGCCCGUGGACACCAUUCGUGCGUGGACUAUUGGUUUCAUCACUUGCACCGUGGUCGCCGCCAUGAACAUCCUGCUGAACAACCACUACCUCGGUGUGUCCAUCAGCACGCCCGUCGUCCAGCUCAUCGCCUACCCCAUGGGUGUCGGCUGGGCCAACUACGUCCCGGCAAAGUCAUUCACAGUGUUCGGCAAGGAGUUCCACCUCAACCCGGGCCCGUUCAACAAGAAGGAGCACACCAUCAUCACGGUCAUGACCGCCGCCGGUGCCGGUUUCAGCUACGCCUUCGACAUCCUCCUCGCGCAGCAGGUCUACUACAAGCAGUUCUGGGGCUGGGGUUUCCAGCUCCUGCUGGUCUUCUCCACGCAGGCCAUGGGUUUUGGUAUCGCCGGCAUGCUCCGUCGGUUCCUCGUCUGGCCCGCUGCUAUGGUCUGGCCCGGCUUGGCCCUUGUGUUCUGCACUGUCAUGGACAGCUUGCACAACCAUGCGCCGUCCGACCCAUCCAAGACGAAUGGUUGGAAGAUUGGUCGUUACUACUUCUUCAUGCUCGUCUCCGCUGUCACCUUCUGCUACGAGUGGGUUCCAAACGUAAUGGCCAACUUCUUGGUCUACCUCGGAACUUUCCCAACUUGGAUUGCCCCCAAUAAUGUGGCCGUGAACCAAGCUUUCGGUGGAGUGACUGGAAUCGGCAUUCUCCCCAUCUCGCUUGACUGGUCUGGCGUCGCUUCGUGGUUUGGCAAUCCUAUCCUUACUCCAGGAUUUGCCCUGCUCAACAUGCUCGCUGGAGGUAUUUUCUUCCUCUUCGUCACCGUCUUGAUCUACUUCGCCGGUCCCUCGUACAACCAAUACCUCCCAAUGGUCGAGAACGCCAAUUUCGACCGGUUCGCCAAUAACUACAACACAACGCGUAUCCUGAACGCGGACACCACCAUCAACGAGGCGGCAUACAAGGCCUACUCGCCCCUGAUCCUGCCGGCGGCAUUCGGCCUGUCGUAUGCUAUGGGCUUCGCGACACUGGCCAGCAACGUCAGCCACGUCAUCUGGUUCUACGGAAGGGACGUCGUCCGCCGUGUCAAGGACUCCAAGUACGAGGAGCCCGAUGUCCACCUCAAGCUCAUGAGGAAGUACCCCGAGGUGCCCGAGUGGUGGUACUCCAUCGUCUUCCUUGUGAUGUUCGCGUUUGGAAUGCUAGCCAGUCAGCUAUGGACGACUCACCUCACGUGGUGGGCCUACAUUAUUUGUAUUGGUGUCGGUGCCUUCUUCGUCUUGCCAGUCGGCAUCAUUCAAGCCGUGACCAAUCAGCAAACUGGCUUGAAUAUCAUCACUGAGAUGAUUGUCGGUUAUAUGCUUCCAGGAAAGCCCAUCGCGAUGAUGAUGUUCAGGGGCUAUAUGCUUUCAUACAAUUCCCUGACUUACGUUCAAGACAUGAAGAUUGGUCACUACAUGAAAAUCCCUCCUCGUUCCUUGUUCAGGGCUCAGCUCUUUGCUGUGCUGUGGCUAUCAAUCGUCCAGACGGCCACGUUCAACUGGAUGUUUGCAUACCUCCCCGAGAUCUGCACGAAGGCCCAGCCUCAAGGCUUCACCUGCGCUGGUGCAAAGACCUUCUACAAUGCCAGUGUUAUCUGGGGUGUCAUCGGUCCCGCAAGAAUGUUCGGCGCUGGUUCUAUGUACUCCUGGGCCAACUGGUUCUUCCUGAUCGGCUUCGCAUGCCCCAUCAUCCAGUACUACAUCGCCCGCAAGUACCCCAGGAGCAUCCUCCGCUACGUCUUCUUCCCGGCGCUCUUCGGCGUCUCGGGCAUGAUCCCGCCCGCCACCAUCUUCAACCUGCUGUGCUACCUGACCAUCGGCAUCAUCUUCAACGUCAUCAUCAAGCGCAAGUUCCCCGGCUGGUGGGAGCGCUACACGUACUCGCUCGCCGGCGCGCUCGACGUCGGCAACGCGCUCUGCCUCAUCCUGUACGCCCUCGCCCUGGGGCUCAGCGGCAGCAGCUUCCCCGAGUGGUGGGGCACCGCGGGCUUCGCGGAGACGCUGGAGGCUCAGGCCAUGGCUGUUACGAAGACGCUCAAGGACGGCGAGGUGCUGGCUCCGUGGAUCAAGAGCUGGAAUUAG